ACUUGGUUUGCUGCUGAAGUUAAGCUUUGCAAAAAAUUAGUUCUGAUCUGUUUUUGAGCACUAGAGUUAGGAAAAAUGGAGAGAAGAUAUUUGUUUGCUUAAUUCCACAUGACAACUCCAGGGUAACUGAAUAGACUGUACGGUUGGUUUGACAAGGCUGUGCACUGAGCCAGCAGCCUCACAUACCACGCAGGGGGCUGAAAGGGGGAGUCUGACAAUUGUAAUGGAUUUUAUCAGAAUUCCUCUGAAGGCUGACUAUUCUGUCUUCAAUUAUUAAUGUUUUCAGAGGUUUCCCUUCUGAGAGAUCAUGGCAGAAGAGGGCUCAAAAUAUGGAAAGGAUUUUCUGUACUUGUAAAACUGAUGGCUGACUAGUUUAUGGAUUGUUGCUCCACUUGCCUGUUUGGCUGGCCUAUAUGGUACAGCCAGAGUUUUGGCUAAUUGGCAGCCAUGCAUCAUCUUUUUGGGCUGGUUUUGGGACAAAAGGAUCUUUCACGUGCAGGGGACCUGUUUUCCUUGGAUGAUGCUGAGAUAGAAGGAAGUCUAUCAGAAGCUCUUGAACAAAUAAGAAUAAUUAGUUCAUCUUCGGACUACCAAACUAAUGACAAUGAUCAGGCGGUGGUAGAAAUCUGUAUCACCCGAAUCACUACUGCCAUCAGAGAGACGGAGUCCAUAGAAAAACAUGGGAAGGCACUUGUGGCUCUCUGGGAAUCAUGCUUAGAGCACAAACUUAAACCUUCAGGAAAAGAUGAGGAUACACCACAUGCAAAAAUUGCAUCUGAUAUCAUGAGUUGCAUCUUGCAGAAUUAUAAUCGACCUCCAAUAAUGGCUUUAGCUGUCCCAGUGGCAGUAAGAUUUCUCCAGAGGGGUAACAAGGAACUGUGUAGGAACAUGUCAAGUUAUCUGUCCUUGGCUGCAAUUAGCAACGUUGACCUGCUGAUUGAUCACACAGAUGCAAUUGUGAAAAGUGUCCUUCAAGGAAACUCCAUGCUGCUGCGUGUGUUGCCCUCUCUCUAUGAAAAGCAACCACAGUCAAUUAAUAGCCAUCUAAAGGAGCUGGUGGCACUGAUGUCUCAGCUGGAGCAAGCAGAACAGCACCACCUUCUAAGAGUAUUUCAGGUAGUGGCAAGGAGAAAACAACCUGAGGUGUUAAAAGAGUGCAUUCCAUUUCUAAUUAGCCACUUAAGAGACCCUCAUCAUAAUGACAUUAUCCUAAAUAUACUUAUAGAAAUAUCAGGCUAUGAACCAGUAGCCUUGGCCAGUUCUCUUCCAGUGCUGAAAGAGAUUGGUGAGAGUUUUCCAAGUCUGAUUGGACAGAUGGCAAAGAUCUUUGGAGCUGUUGGGCAUCUUGAUGAGGAAAGAGCCAGGAUCUGUCUGGUAUGUUUGGUAAAUCAGCUAGCCAACAUGGAGCAUUCAUUUCACCAUAUCCUUCUGCUGGAAAUUAAGAGUAUCACCGACAGCUUCUCAAAUAUCCUAAGCACCCAGAGCAGAGAUAUCUAUCGUAUGAGCAACAGUUUCACUGCCAUAGCCAAGCUUCUCAUCCGACAGCUAGAAAAUGACAACAGAUCAGGAACCAGGAUAGAAAAUUAUGCUGAUACAGAAUCUUCUGUUCAAUUGGAUGAUUUAAAACCUGUUAUGAAUGGAAAUGAAGAGAAUGAAAAGCUUCAAGUUAAAAUACAGGCUUUCGAAGAAAAAAUAAGUAUCGACAAUAAUACUCCUGGCUCUGCGCGCAGAUACAGUGUUGGCCAGUUUUCUAAAGAAGAAAGGAAGGAAAUGCGAUUUAAUAGGUCCAAAAGUCUAGCUUUGCAUGCUAUCCGCACAAAGGUGACAAAUUCUGACAGUGGGCAAGAUAUAGAGAAUGGAGACAUGACAUCUGGCAUCUCAUUCACUGAAAUCUAUCUGAAUCAAGAAAAUGACAAGUCACCUUUUAGUAUAGACACUGAAGAAGCACAGCCAGACAAUUCUUUCAUUUUGCAUCCAACUAUCAAAUACCCAGAAUCAGAAAAUUUACCAGAAUCUCUUAAAGAAACUAGCCAUGAAAGAAGUACAGAGAUGGUAAAAAAUUCUGAGGAAUACCAGGAUAAGCUCUAUAUGCAUUUAAAGGAAAAUCUUAGUAAAGUGAAGGCAUAUCUUGUGGAGAUUGGGAAGAAAAUUCCUAUCCCAGAUCAGUGUGUUAUUGAAGAUACUGUUAGAAGUUGUGUAGCAAAGUUGUUCUUCAGCUGCCCCCUGAAGGGUCAUUACUGCCUAUACAGUAAAUCCAGUUUUACCCUCAUCAGCCGACAGCCUCAGCUAUGGAUCCAUAUCAUGUUUCUCUUUCAGCAGGAUGAAGUCAUGUUGAAAGUGGAUUCGUUUUGGUUGUGGAAAUAUUCUUUCAGAUGGAGGCGUCAGAAAAAUUCUUGUAGUUCUCCACACUGGAGUGUCUUAUUUGGGUAUUUUUCUGGACAGAAAUUAAGGCCUAUGGAGAGGACAGGUUUUUCAACCUUGAUAAGAAGCUUGUUUCCAGAGCCUUUGUCCAUACAGAGUAACCCUGUACAAGUUCUUAAAGCCCUGUGGGAAAAAACACAGCUGAAAGGUACACACAGUUUUGAAAAUACAAUGAUUCAGUCUACGUUUCCACACCAAAAGGAUCUGGACCAUGUACGGAUGCAUCUGGAAGAAGUGAGGUUCUUUGAUUUAUUUGGCUACAGUGAGGAAACAGGAACUUGGCAGUGUUUCAUGUGCAAUAAUCCUGAAAAAGCAACAGUUGUAAAUCAAGAUGGCCAGCCUCUAAUUGAAGGCAAACUGAAGGAGAAGCAAGUCCGUUGGAAGUUUAUCAAAAGGUGGAAAACUCGCUAUUUCACUCUUGCUGGCAACCAGCUUCUCUUUCGCAAAGGAAAAUCUAAAGACGAUCCAGAUGACUGCCCUAUUGAACUCAGCAAGGUACAGAGUGUAAAGGUGGUGGCCAAAAAGCGCAGGGAUCGCAGCCUUCCUCGAGCCUUUGAAAUCUUCACUGACAAUAAAACGUAUGUUUUCAAGGCCAAAGAUGAGAAAAAUGCUGAAGAGUGGCUUCAGUGCAUCAAUGUAGCUGUCGCACAAGCUAAAGAAAGGGAAAGCAGAGAAGCAACGACUUAUCUGUAAGACUGUUGGUGUAUCUAAUGCUGAACUUUCAUGCCGGCAUUUGAAAAGCAAAAAUUCUUCAUCCUAUUUAAUACAGAACUGAACAAAGUGUUAAGAACAAACCUAGGUCCCAGUUCUGCAGCCCUUACUCAUCGGAGUAGUCUCUGGUAUCGGUGGUGUUGAUGGUUCUGGGAGCACUUACUGCAAAGGCUGCAGAAUUGGGCCCCUGUGCAAUUACUGUUGGCAACAGAUGGCUCAGAGCAACCCAUGAGAAUCCAAAUCCUGAGAAGUGAACAUCUUUCCAAAGGCAAGUGAUAUCAGCUGGCAAGAAAGGUUCCUCUGGACAUGGAUGGAAAUGAUAUAACUACUUGCACAUUUGUUAGCAUAUGAAGAACUACACACACACACACACACACACACACACAGGAAUGCAGAAGUAGCUGGGUAACAUCUUUCCUCAUGUGCACAUUUACAUUUUUUCUCCCUCUGUUUCAAAUGCAGCCAAUUUAGAAUAUUAACCUCUGCUCAAAGUAAAGCAGUUAUGUAAUAAAAUGUAGUGUUCAAAGCUCUUUCUGACUUUAUCUUUUCAAAGUGAUCCAACACAGACUAAAAUAUCCAUGUGCAUAUAGUGCUAUUGUUAGUGUAUUUCAUUUUAUCCUUUUGUCAAAAUGGAUAAACAACUUUCAAAUCUAUUCCAGACAAUAACAUUUGCAAACUAUCCACUAUUUUUAUGUGCUGUCAUUUGUAUGAUCAAAAACCAACCACGGCUACAUUUUGCUGCCUUUUCUCUCUCUUUCUUCAUUUUUAAAAUCUCUACAUGUAAAAUAAUGUAUUUUUUUCUUGCUGCACUAUCCACCUCUAUGAAAGUUAACUGUCUCUUUUAUUAUUUGAGUCUGUCAAAAAAUGUCAAGGUCAAAGCCGUUCCCUUGUUUGCAGGAUCUGAAAGUGGAACAAUUUAAAGGUUGUUUUUAAAAUUCCUUCCCUAAAUAUUUUUUAAAUGUUUGAAAUUAAAAAAAAAAAUUCUCUUCCCCUACAUUUUUCCCAUAUUGCCACUCAAUGCAAUCAAGUGAUGGAUGUUUCUCCAUUUAAAAAACAUUAUUUUUCUUUCUUCACUUUUCAAAACUUCUCCAAAUUUGGAAAGUUUACAGAAUUGCAUUUUUCCUUUUACCACCCUAGAAUUUUUUCCCAAGGUUGGAGGAGGGUAGAAAUGAUUCAGAACAACAAAAGGAAAAAGGAAAAAUAGCCAAGUAAAAUGUGUUUGACAAAGGUCAUGCAUUCUGUUGUUUUCAGUGGGGAAAAAGAGUAUGGAGGAGUGUAAAGAAAUUAACUUUCAAUUGUGACUAACAGCUAGAAAGUCAUGAAUGAUUUUUUCCAUAUACAUUUCUUUCAUAAAAGUUUUAAUUUCCGAAAAGAACAUUUGUCUCAAGAAAAUAUAUUAAUCUGACAAAUUUGAAUUGUUAUUUUUCUCCAAGAUGGAGGUAUAAAGUGUCCAUAGUAAAGAUUUUAACGUUUUCCUGCUAAUACGUGUACUUAACCAAACUAGAAAGUAAAUAAUGUGAAAAAUAAAUUUAGAUUGAAAUACACUGAGCAAUA